AUGCCUGCUGGUCCUGAAAAAAUCGAUGAGAAAUACAUGACAUAUGUGAGUUUUUCGAAAUUGAAUAAAAAUUGAUAAUUUUUCUUUUGAUAGCGUGAGGAAGAUGGCGAAUCCGAAGAAGGAAAUGUUUCCGAGACAGACUUGAUGUUGAAACAAGAGAAUUUCACCGAAUCGGAAGACGAGGAUUGGCGUACUGUAGUCAAAGAAUACAAGGCUGAAAGAGACACUUGUUCGGAAACAUCGGAAAUUGUGUCAAUCAUUGACGAUUUGUUGUUAGGAGAUGGUGAAGAAUCGGAAAUUGGAUCGGAGUUUGAUACUGAUAGUGACUCGGAUUACAAUUAUCAACAAGUUGAUGAUGCUGUCACUGUUCCAAGUGAUUUGCCCGGAGAAGAUGAAUAUAUGAUGCUUCGCAGAUUCAUGGUAAGUUUGAAAAUUUAUCUAUACCAAACCAAACCAUUUUUAAAAAUGCAUUUUUUACGAAGCUGGGCAUCUGAAAAGCCAUCUCAAAUGUUUCAAAUUAUCCAUGGACUUUCGAAAGAUAAAAUCAGAAGCAAAUUUUUCAAAUUAAAUUCUAAAUAUAUUCCAUUAAAUUCUUUCAUCCCUAAUAAAACAAAUUUUUCAGACCGAAAACGGAGUGUACAUCCACGGCGCACUCGAAGGCUCACUCUUCUACACACACUUCUGA